AUGGCUUCUUCCCUAAAUGACAUCCACCAGCCUCUGCUACAAUCCUAUCCACGACCUCCCACCACAACCACAAAACAUGAUGAGCACGAUCAUGAUCUCCACGCAAGCAACGAGCUUGAAAGAGUGCUUUCUGACACAGACAGGCCAUUUUUGGAGCGUCUUAAACCGGCUCUAUGGAUUGAGUCCAAGCUCCUUUUCUACCUCGCUGCGCCAGCCGUCAUCGUUUACAUGAUCAACUAUGUCAUGAGCAUGUCCACCCAAAUUUUCGCAGGCCACCUUGGUAAUCUUGAGCUGGCCGCUGCCUCCCUCGGCAACAAUGGCAUCCUAAUUUUCUCCUAUGGACUCUUAUUAGGCAUGGGGAGCGCGGUGGAGACACUUUGUGGGCAAGCCUAUGGUGCCCACAAGUAUGAAAUGCUAGGGAUAUAUCUACAAAGGUCAACCAUACUCUUAACUUUGACUGGUGUGCUCCUCACCAUCGUUUACAUCUUCUCCAGACCAGUCUUGAUCCUUCUAGGUCAAUCUCCAAGCAUUGCAUCUGCAGCUGCAAUCUACGUGUACGGCUUGAUCCCUCAAAUCUUUGCCUAUGCUAUCAACUUCCCGAUCCAAAAGUUUCUGCAAGCUCAAAGCAUAGUGGCCCCAAGCGCCUAUAUCUCUGCAUCAACCCUAGUUUUGCACCUUGUGCUCAGCUGGGUUGUGGUGUACAAGAUGGGGCUUGGCUUGCUGGGUGCUGCAUUGGUGCUCAGCCUGUCAUGGUGGAUCACUGUGUUGGCGCAGUUUGUGUACAUUGUCAAGAGUGAGAGGUGCAAGAACACAUGGAGUGGGUUUAGUUGGCAGGCCUUUAGUGGGUUGCUAGGGUUUUUCAAAUUAUCUGUGGCUUCUGCGGUGAUGCUUUGCCUUGAAACUUGGUACUUUCAGAUUCUUGUUUUGCUUGCUGGGUUGCUGCCAAACCCUGAGUUGGCUUUGGAUUCUCUCUCAAUCUGCACAACAAUAUCUGGUUGGGUCUUCAUGAUCUCAGUUGGGUUAAAUGCAGCUGCAAGUGUGAGAGUGAGCAAUGAGCUUGGAGCUGGAAAUCCCAAGUCCACAGCAUUUUCUGUGGUGGUGGUGACAACAGUCUCUUUCCUCAUCUCAGUUGUGGCAGCAAUAAUUGUUCUUAUAUGGCGGGAUACCAUAAGCUAUGCCUUCACAGAGGGUGAAGCUGUGGCUGCUGCUGUAUCUGAUCUCUGCCCAUUUCUUGCCUUCACCCUCCUCCUUAAUGGCAUCCAGCCAGUCUUGUCUGGUGUUGCUGUUGGGUGUGGAUGGCAAGCUUUUGUUGCGUAUGUGAAUGUGGGGUGUUAUUACUUGGUUGGAGUACCAUUUGGUGCGCUUCUAGGAUUUUACUUCAAAUAUGGUGCUAAGGGAAUAUGGUUGGGGAUGAUGGCUGGCACCUUGAUGCAAACAAUCAUUCUGAUAUGGGUGACCUAUCGGACCGAUUGGAAGAAAGAGGUGGAAGAAGCAGCUAAAAGGUUGAAUAAGUGGGGGAAGGUGAAGGAGCCACUCCAGUAA